AAGAAAUCAGGCAAGUUAUUAAACUAUUACUAUAAUGAUUAUAUUUGGUUAGUGUAUUUAAUAAUAUUUAGUAUAUACUAGUAUUCUUUGUCUUGCAUAUUGAUUAGUAUAAUAUACUUUCUGAACUUCAGGUUUAUUCAUCUGUCAGUCUUUGUUGUUUUUAAGUCAUAGUAUAUAUAAAAUAAAAAAAAAAGCAAACUCUUCAUGAGAAGGUAAAGUGUCUAUCUGUGCUAUGCAUGUUAAUUCUUAGGAAGGUCUGGAGUCAUCUUUAAGCCUUCACCUAUUCGUUUGUAUUUUUGAUAUACUGAGCUUGAUAAUUAUUGGAUAAAAAUUACUAUAUGUCAAGUACUAGAGGUAAGCAGCGGAAGAAGAAAUAAGAUUUGUUAACAAGAAUGAAAUGGAAAAAGUUUAUUAUAUGUGUCAUAGUCUUUGUUGGGCAUCGUGACACUUUGUCUAUAGUCCGAGAUGCUUUAGAGAGACUAAGUCUUGGAAGAUCACUUGAAUCUGUGAGUUCUAGACCAACUUGGGCAACAUAGCAAGAUCCUCUCUUCAAAACUAAAUAAGUAAAAGAGAGCUGCUGAGGAGUUUCAAGGAGUUAAAGCUCUUGCUAGGCUAAUGAUCUAAGUUCAAUCUCCAGAACUCACAGUGGAAAUAGAGAGAUAACUUUUGGAAGUUGUCCUUUGGUCCCCACAUGCAUUUUGUGGCACACACAUGCACAGAUACACACACACACGCACAUAUGCACAUUUAAAAAUGAAUACAUAAAUAAAUACAUGUUUAAUCUUCAAAUGUAGUAGAUGUGUUAAUAUGAUCAAAGAUUAUCAAUUUCUUUUCUUUUUUUUUUUUUUAGUAUUCAGUAUAGUUUAUUCAGGGCAUGGAGAGGGGAGUUGAAGGAGUAGAGACAAAGAAAGGCAGAGAGACAGAGAGAGUGAGGGAGAGGGAGAGAGAGAGAGAAGAAGCUGGCUGUGAGCAUUUGGAGAGAGAGGGAACAGGAGCAAGAGGGCAGAGCAAGAGCAAGAUUAUCAAUUUCUAAGUGUCUCGUUAUGUUAGUAUAUAAUCAUUGCAUAAUUAGAACUUUUGUUCUCAAGAAGUUUUAAAUUAUGUCAUUCAUUCUGUAUAUUGAAAUAAAUUGGGCUGGAGAGAUGGCUCAGCAGUUGAGAGCACUGACUGCGCUUCCAGAGGUCCUGAGUUCAAUUCCCAGCAACCACAUGGUGGCUCACAACCAUCUGUAAUGGGAUCUGAUGCCCUCUUCUGGUGUGUCUGAAGACAGCUACAGAAAGUAGAUAACAAAAAAAGAAUAAAUAAAUAAAUAAAAAAAAAAGAAAGAAAUUUGACUAUCUAUACUGGAGUUAUUUUGUAAAGAUAAGAAAUUUGAACCAAAAAAUAGAAACAAGAAAAGUUAGGUAUGGUGGGGCACAUUUGUAAGCUCAGUGUUCUAGAAGCUGAGACAAGUGCCGUAAAUUCAAAGCCAACCUUGGUUAUAUAUUGAAUACUAGGCUGACAGGGCUAUCCAGCAACGCUUUGUGUAUUAGUUACUUUUUCUGUUACUGGGAUAAAACAUGAUGACCAAGGGAUCUUAUAAAAGAAGAUUUUAAAUUGGAUUUACAGUUAUAGAGGAUGCUAGAGCAGCAGUUGAGAGCUUGAGUCUUGGUUCACAGGCUUGAGACACAGAGAGUGAGGUAACUGGGAAUUUGACAGCUUUUGAAACUUUAUCCCACUCCCAGAGGUAUGCCUCCAAGAAGGCCACACCUCCCAAUCCUUUCCAAAAGAGGGUAGGGGGAGAAUGACGAUGACACACGACACCAAGCAGUCAAAUGUAUUUGAGGUUAUGGGGACCAUUCUUGUUUGAACUACCAUGCCCUGUUUUAGAGCACCAAAUCAAAAUCAAAAUACAGCAUUUUUGGUGCCUUCAUAACAAACGGAAUAGAGUUCGUUGUCAUUGCUUUAUGGGAGAAAUCGUUAUCUCUGGAAAGUAGAUCUUUUUUGGCUAUUUACCAAGCUAAAUUUCCCCAAAGUGAUUUCAUUAGAAAAAGCCUAAUUUAAGAAUGAAGAACAUUUUGUGUCUGCAAGAUGACUCCCAGAUAAAAGCAUUUGUUUGAUACACACCUAAGUUUGACCUCUGGUGGGAGGAGUGGAAAAGGGAGAACCAACUCCCAAAAGACACAUGCACAUUUUUUUUUUUUUCUUUUCUUUUUUUCGGAGCUGGGGACCGAACCCAGGACCUUGCGCUUGCUAGGCAAGCGCUCUACCACUGAGCUAAAUCCCCAACCCCCACAUGCACAUUUUUUAUUAAGUUAAUAACAUGUGUUUCUAGGAUUAGCUUGCCUUUGUGGUUAAUCCUCUCUCUCCUUAUAUACUGGUUAUAGCCUGCAAACUCUGUAGAAUUGUCAAGAAGAAGAAGAAGUUAAACAGAAACAAAACCCUUAGGUAUUGAUAGAAAAAGGUUUUGUUUUCUUUUUGUUUUCUCUUUUUUUGGGGGAGGGGUGAGGGGUAGGUAGGAUCUCAUAAUACUCAGGGUGGCUUGGAGGUUGAACCUUGUAAGUAACUAAUGAGAUUCAGGUAUAUACCACCUUUCCAGCUUGCUGUUUUGUUUUGUUUUCUUUAGCCAGGAUUUACCACAUAGCCUAUGUUGGCCUAGAAUUCAUAAAUCUGAGACUACAAGUAUGUGCCUCUAUACCCAGCAGCAGCAAUAAUAUAAUUUAAUCUGUUGUUUAAAUUUGCAUUAAAUUCAUUAUAGAUCAAAGAAAAGCAAAUAACCCACAAGGCCAUUGUUGAUGGCUUUAUGAUGACUCCUUGUAAUAAAAAUGCAUGAGAAAAAGAAUAUUGUUAACAAAAUUCUCACUAAUUCUAAGCUGCUCUGAUAGUUAGAAUUUUUCAUAAAAUUCAAGUAUUUCACUUGUUUUUCUAUAGUAGCUUAGGCUAUAUAGCUAAAUUUAAAUGUGCGAUUUUAGACAAUAAUGUUUUAGAUUAAUUUUAAAAAAAAUUAAUGUUUUACAUAGUAAAGUGGUGAUUGUUUCUAAUUUGAGGAUUGUUAGUAUUGCUGGAAGAUCAUGGUAUAAAUUAUUUGGGGGAGCUUACUUAUUAUUACUUGUAAAGAAAAAUUAAAACUUUUUUUUUCCCUCCUCUUAUUUUCUUGGGGUGCAUUCCAACUCCAGAAGGUAAGAAGUAUUACUUUAUUUUAAAGGAGUAUUAAGCAAUUGUAAAGCACUCUUUUACAAGUUUUAUUGAGUGUGCCUUUAUGUGUAUAAUUUUUACUUUAUCUUAGAAAUGAAGUAAUAUUGAUAGUACAUAAAUAUUAGUUACUGAGUAUGCUUUUUUAUUGUUUAUUUUUAUGGUUUGUAAUCAUUACAUAGCCAUAAUUUUAGAAAUUGUUGGCAUUAAGGUUUAUCAAAUUUUUCAUUUGCUUUAUAGCUCUGAAGUAUAAUUCAGCAUGUUGAUGAAAACACAAGAUAGAGAUGUGCACGUUGCCUUGGGACUUCCCCUCUUGCAUGCUUAAAUGCAAUGCUACACACAAACUCUCGAGGAGAAGAGGGCAUCUUCUAUAAAGUCCCAGGUAGAAUGGGAGUGUAUACUUUGAAGAAAGAUGUGCCAGAUGGAGUGAAAGAGCUGUCAGAAGGUUCAGAAGAAAGCAGUGAUGGUCAGUCAGAUUCUCAGAGCUCUGAGAACAGCAGCAGCAGUGAUGGUGGCAGCAACAAAGAAGGGAGAAAGAGCAGGUGGAAAAGGAAAGUAUCAUCUAGACUAUCACAGCCAUCUUCUCCUCAGUCAAGCUGCCCAUCCCCCACCAUUCCAGCCAGUAAAGUCAUUUCCCCAUCACAGAAGCACAGCAAAAAGGCAUUAAAGCAGGCCCUGAAGCAACAACAACAGAAGAAGCAGCAGCAGCAGCAGCAGCAGCAAUGCAGGCCAAGCAUGUCCAUCUCCAAUCAGCACCUCUCUCUCAAGACUGUCAAAACAGCCAGUGACUCUGUACCUGCCAAACCUGCCCUAUGGGAAGGAAAGCAAUCUGAUGGACAGUCAAGCAGUCCCCAGAACUCAAAUUCCAGCUUUUCUUCCUCAGUGAAAGUGGAAAGUUCUCUGCUAGGCUUGGGGAAGAAGUCUUUGCAGAGGUCUGACAGACUCCACACAAGACAAAUGAAAAGGACUAAAUGUGCUGACAUUGAUGUUGAGACUCCUGAUUCCAUUCUGGUUAAUACUAAUCUUCGAGCGCUGAUCAACAAGCACACCUUUUCAGUUCUUCCUGGCGACUGCCAGCAGCGCCUGCUUUUGUUGCUUCCAGAGGUGGACCGACAGGUUGGUCCAGACGGCUUGAUGAAGUUGAAUGGCUCAGCCCUUAACAAUGAGUUCUUCACUUCGGCAGCUCAGGGCUGGAAGGAAAGGCUCUCAGAAGGUGAAUUUACCCCUGAAAUGCAGGUGAGAAUUCGACAAGAGAUUGAGAAAGAGAAAAAAGUAGAGCUGUGGAAGGAACAAUUCUUUGAAAGUUACUAUGGUCAGAGUUCUGGCCUAAGCCUUGAAGAUUCACAGAAACUGACAGCUUCCCCAAGUGAUCCCAAAGCAAAUAAAUCCCCAGCUGAGCAACCAAAAUCCAUACUUCCUUCAGAGGCCUCUCCUGUCAGCACCAUCCCAGUGUUUCCUCAGUCCGAAUGUAAAGAAGAAGCAGUGCAAAUACCAUCACCAUUCAAAAAAGAGAGCCAAGAUGAGGCCAGGCCAAUCUCUCAAUCCCCAGAAACUGUUCUUGCAUUGGCUAGCAAUACAAAUGAGCUUAUCACCGUGAAACCCAUCAAGAGCCCUAAGGAUGAGGGUCUCUUAGAGCAGAAACCAGUUGCCUCUGCUGAACAAGAAUCUGAGAAAGAAAAUCAUGUCACCACAUCUAGUAGUAACGAAAGUGAGAACCAAGAAGCGUUAGCUAUAUCCGCAAGCAAACCUAAAAAUGCCGGCUUUGAAAAACCCACCACCACAAAGCCUGCAGGAGCCAGUCCACUGGGCCCUGAUAUGCAGGUGCCUCCAGCACCUGUUAGCGACCACAUCCCAGAGAGUCUCAAGAGGAAAGCUGCUCUGACCCAAGAAGAGGCCACUAGCAGUUGGGAGAAAAGACCACGGAUCACUGAGAAUCGCCAACACCAGCAGCCAUUUCAGGCCUCCCCACAGCCCUUUCUUAAUAGAGGGGACAGGGCCCAAGUUCGAAAAGUCCCACCUCUUAAGAUCCCUGUCUCCAGAAUCUCCCCGAUGCUGUUUUCUACAUCGCAGGUCUCUCCCAGGGCUCGUUUUCCAGUCUCCAUCACUAGUCCUUACAGAACAGGAGCCAGAACUCUGGCAGACAUCAAAGCAAAAGCCCAGUUGGUCAAAGCACAAAAGGCAGCAGCCGCAGCAGCAGCUGCAGCAGCUGCAGCCGCCUCAGUUGGAGGGACCAUUCCAGGACCUGGCCCCGGGGGUGGACGAAGUCCAAGAGAGGGUGGUGAAAGGAAAACCGCCGGAGGAGGGAGUGCAGGCUCAGACCCAGUCAGUACAAAUGGAAAAGGUCCUGCACUGGAACUGGCCGGAACUGGAAGCAGGGGAGGUACGAGAGAACUUUUACCCUGUGAUCCCCAACCUGAGACCAAUACACCAGGCCAAGCACAGCCUCCUGGUGUCUCUGGAGCACAACUACAGCAAACCUCCUCAGUGCCUGCAGGACUUGCCGCCAGUGGAACAUGCACAAGUGUCCCAUUACCAGCCCACAUAGAAAUGUCAAACAGGGAAAAACCAAACCCCCACAGGGCAACAGCCACAGCAGCCUCUCCUUGCCACUCGCAAGAACCCAGGAGUUGCAGACUUGAGAGAGCUCUGUCUCCAACAGGACCUCCACUGAUCUCAGGAGCCUCACCUGUUUGUUUUGUAGCUGAUGGCACAGUUGAGCCCAAAGCAGGUUCUAAUAAGAAUGCACCAAAGCCUUCAGCCUUAACAAAGACAACUGCUUCUGCUCCACUAGAUAUGACUUCCUCUCCUGUAACGUCUUUAUUGACAACAGCCAGUUUAGAAAAACUCCCUGCACCCCAGAUCAGUGGAGCUGCAACAUCUACUGGCUCAGCGCCAUCCUCAAGCACUUUGCCGGUGGCUUCUAGCCUUAAAACCCCAGGAACAUCUGCAAAUAUGAAUGGACCCGUUUCACGACCAAGCUCUAGUAUCCCUGCUAACAACCCUUUAGUUACUCAGCUGCUCCAGGGCAAAGAUGUUCCCUUGGAGCAAAUUCUGCCUAAACCUCUCACCAAAAUUGAAAUGAAAACAGUUCCACUGCAUACAAAGGAGGAAAGGGGGGGGAUAGGGGUGUUCCCUGGCACCAGUGUGGUGGAAGGUAGCAGAGAGGACGUUAGUGGCAGGCAGGCCCAUCUGGCCAUCCAGCAGCUGGGGAAACCCUUGCAAAGCAAGCAGCUUUCCCAGGCUCCAAGGCCAGUUUGCCCUGCUAAGGACCGGAAGGACCCCUGCAUUGACACUCACCAGUACCAAGAAGGCCUAAGUAAAACAACGCAAGGUCAGCUCUUUCAGACUCUUAUCCAGAGGGCUCAAAGACAGAGUGUUCUUUCAUUUGUGCCACCCACUCAGUUCAACUUUGCUCACUCAGGUUUCCACUUGGAAGACAUCUCCACAAGCCAGAAGUUCAUGCUGGGUUUUGCCGGCAGAAGGACAUCCAAGCCUGCAAUGGCAGGUCACUAUUUACUUAAUAUUUCCACUUAUGGCCGGGGAACAGAUAGUGUUAAGAGGACCCAUUCUGUAAAUCCUGAGGAACGGUUUUGUCUAAGCAGCCCCACCGAGGCCUUGAGAGUGGGACAUGCAGAUUGUAAAAACACCACUGGAGAAAGCAGUAGCAGCAAAGAAGAGGAGAGUGAUGAGGAUAGUGUGGGUGAUGAGCAGGAGUCGGUAUCAGUGAAGGAGGAGCCCUGGGCUCCCCACAGUGGGGAAGCUCCAUCCACCAAUGAUUGUUUAGCUAGCAAGAGUGGGAAGACUGAGGUACCAGUGAAUGAGCAGACUACUUUAGGCAAGGAGAAUUACAUAUUAUCUAGAGGCCAAACAUUUGAUGAAAAGACCCUAGCCAGAGAUUUUAUACAGGCAACACAUAAACAAAUGGCUCACGCUGUGAGAGGUAAGACAGUAUGUAGCAGCCCUGAGCUUUUUAAUUCUACUGCUCUUUCUCUCCCUGCAGACAGUCCCACACAUCAGCCUCUACUCCUUCCACCACUGCAAACCCCCAAAUUGUAUGGAAGCCCCACACAGAUAGGACCCAGCUAUAGAGGCAUGAUCAAUGUUUCCACCUCAUCAGACAUGGACCAUAACUCUGCUAUACCAGGCAGCCAGGUAUCUAGCAAUGUAGGGGAUGUCAUGUCGUUUUCAGUGACUGUCACUACCAUCCCUGCUAGCCAAGCAAUGAAUCCCAGCAGCCAUGGCCAGACAAUUCCUGUUCAAACUUUUCCUGAUGAGAAUAGUAUCGAGGAUACACCUUCAAAAUGCUACUGCCGAUUGAAAGCCAUGAUCAUGUGUAAAGGAUGUGGGGCUUUCUGCCAUGAUGAUUGCAUUGGCCCCUCCAAACUGUGUGUCUCCUGCCUCGUUGUUCGGUAAUAAGAUGACAGCGUAUGUAAGGAGGGAAGGGUAGGCUUAAAAAGACGUGUUCUUGCACCCUUUUUAAAUCACAGAAAUAAAGUUUCAGUUGUCUCAAGAGACAUUAAUCAGGAAUGCAGAAUGCAGGUCUUGACAUUUACAGGAAGAGCACCUUGUAUAGUAGGUCUGAGUCAAAUAGGACUGAAUUGGUGACAAAGUUUGCACUUACAAAAUCAUGUAAAUAUGUCACAUUUUGUUUUAACAUUUUUUUUCAAAGUAUUUAGGUAAUGAUGUGUUAACUUUACAUUCAGAUUUAUUUUCCAUUUCUUUUGACUCUGUUCAUGGUAUGCAUGGUAAAAGGAAGCUGUCUGCCUCUGACCUUUCCUAGGGCUCCAAGGAAAGCUAGGAAGUGCCCAUCAUACUGAUUGUCUUCACAAACUGGUGCAGUCAGGUUCUAAACAAAUAAGAUGACCUUUGUGGGGUUUAGAUUCAGGGUUUGCUCAUCCCUUUACUUUAGAUGGAACCAUUUUCAGUGGGAUUUUCAAAAGGUAUUAACAUCCCAGACAGUGUUUUUGACCCUAACAGUCCUGGCUUAGCUCUUGGCUUCCAUGAAUCAGUACUGUAGUUAAGCAGAGAUCUGCUGUUAAGGUUCUGCUUCUAAGGGACUCACUAUGUUAGACUAGUGUGUGCACAGCAGUAGCAGCAGCAGUAAUGCAUCCCAGCAUUGCAUCCUUCACAGGCUCCCAGAGACAUGCUAGAUGUGCGUGUGUGUGUGUGUGUGUGUGUGUGUGUGUGUGUGUGUGUGUGUGUGUGUGUACACUAAAUGUUGGAAAAGGAGAAUGAAAUUGAAGAAACGGAGACUUCAAGGAAUUUGGAAGACUGGUUUUGACACUGGACAGAAAAUAGUCUUUUCAUAGUCUCUCAAACCAUUUUAGGUAGAAAAGUCUUUGGUACUUCUUUGGCAUCCAGAGCAUCAGAGAUGGACGCGGCAACCUUAUGCCAUCCUAUCAUAAUACAUUUUUGCACCCACACACAAUACAAGAAGCAGUUUGCUGUUUUAGAAAGUGAAUCAACUAUCCUAGAAUUUCAGCUGUCUGGACAGCCAGGAUGUCUACCCAGAACGGGCAUUGUGAGUGACUAAUGGAAUGUGAGGUUUUACUGUCUUCUGAUUUUUGUUUUUAAAAUCCUCCCAGCACUCUGGAGGCAGAGGCAAACCAGUCUCUAAGUUCAGGGCAGAGAAGCCCUGUCUCAAAAAACAAAAACGAAAAAACCCUAAAUAAAUAAAAGAAGUACACAAGGGGCUGAAGAGAUGGCUAAGUGGUUAAGGGCACUGACUGUUCUACAGAGGUCCUGAGUUCAGUUCUCAGCAACCACAUGGUGGCUCACAACCAUGUAUAAUGUGAUCCGAUGCCCUCUUCUGGUGUCUCUGAAGACAGUGGCAGUGUACUCACAUAUAGAAAAUAAAUAUUUUUAAAAAGGAAAAAAAAAAAACCCUCCAGUUGGUAGCCAUGGUGACACAUGCCACACACCUUUACUCUCAGCACUUGGGAAGAAGAGGCAGGUGAGCCUCACUGGGUUAGGGCCCGUAUGGUUUGCAUAGCAAGUGCCAGGGUACAGAGUGAAGCAAAAUAGUCACAAAUUCCUAAGGAGAUACUGUUUGAGUUAUAGUUAAAGAUGGUUUAAAGAAAAUAGUCUGUAUUGUUCGAUUUCAAGUCUCCCAGUUUAAAGUUUGUGAUGUAAUAUUGCAACCCUGUAUAGGUGUGUUACAGAAGCUGUUUAUAAAACUCAGAACAGUUUAAACUUGUUAAUUAUAUCACAUUCCAGAUUGGGGAAAGGAGACAGCAAUGUAUUUUCCUGCCGUGUGAUUGAUGCUCACCCCGGCCACCCUAUGUUUUUGCAUCAAAUACUGGGAGUGCUUCCUCGGUCCCUGCCCCAAACUCUAUGAAACUCACCGUCAUUUUUCUUCCCUCCUGUUGUGGACCUAAGCAAUUACAGGUUUAAAUUCUGUAUACAGCACUAGUCAAGACAAUGUGAUAUCCUUCCAUCUUCCCCUUUUAUUUCAGGAAAUGCAUAGCUUAGUGAAAAGAAAGCCUGCAAAUAUUCAGGGUUAAGAAGUGUGUAUGUUCUGAAGUGAAGGGCUAGUAAAAUAAUAAAAGCCAGGAUCUGCUCCCAAACCUUCAGGACAAUGGGUAGUCCCUAUGGGACCUUAAAAGACCCAUAUCUGAGUAGUCUCCCUUGUCUAGCCUGCUGGAAGAGGGUGAAUGUAUUCAGAAUGGACCUCAUGCUGUCAGUGACUAGUUUGUAUUGGUGAGAAAUUUCCUACUUCCUACCUUGCUUACUUUUGUUCCAUAGUUCCCUUAAUCUGAGAAUAGAUGGACAAGAGGAGGGCAUUAGGGAUUGUUACUCUUCUUGGUCCAAACUCAGGCCAUAUAUGCCCUAAGUAUUGUUCUUCACUAGUUUCCACUUAGUAAUACCCAACUAAUUUGUGUUCAAAGGUAUUCCAAAAGCAGGACUCACCCACUGUUUUUUUUUUUAGAUUGAAAAUACACUAAAUAGUCCAUUUAGUCUAUUUUAAAACUUGGUUUCAGAUGGAAGGUGUCCAUUCUUCUUAUGAAUGGACACCAACCAUUCUUCUUAUGAAUGGACACCAACCAUUCUUCUUAUGAAUGGACACCAACUAGUCUUCUUAUGAAUGGACACCAACUAGUCUUCUUAUGAAUGGACACCAACUAGUCUGGCCCUGAGUUUGCCACUCCUGUGACUAUUAACACAAACUUCGUCAUAGCCUUUCAGUGACUUUAAGUCAACUCUAAACUGGUUCAGUGAGCGCUAAGCUUAUUCUUUGGGCUUUGAGUGGCUAUUUCCAGUGAGGUGUUAGGGCUAUGUGCCCUAUCCAGCCUUCAAAACAGUCUCCAUGAAUCUCCUCUGGGAGAGUAUUGUUUGCAGUGUGUCAUCUCAGCGUGGUUUUUGAGUGUUCUGAGUUGCUUAAGUAGAACACUCCCUGAAUCAAAGUUUUUUUUUAAAUAAUCAGCAUUCUAUAGCCCACUAAUAUGGGGGGAGGGUACAAAUAACCUGGAGUUGUUUGGCCUUUGUUCCUUGAUUCCUGUACUCAAGACACUGAAGCUGUCUCCCGUGUCCUGUGUGAAGAAUAAGAUCUGGCAAAUGAGGGAGCUUUCUUGAGACAGGAAGGCUGCAUUUCUGUGGGUAGAGAGAUGUGGGUGUUUGAGAGCCUAUCUCAGAUGUACAUUAAUAGGAAAGAAAGGUGCGCUCUCUGAUGUAACAGUCCCGUCACUUACCGUUCUGAUUGCUCUGUACUGCUUUCCUCCACUUCAGGAAGCCUUAACGAGCUCUUGGCUAAAUGGUUUGUUAGAAUGGUCAGGCUUUCCUCUUGUCUUUGUCCUGCUAUUUGUUUCAGAGCUGACUGUCAACGAGCAGUGUCAGAAUUGUUCCCUCCCAGACUUAACAUGCAGAAGAGAGUGUCUCGUUGCUUUGUAACCGUGUGUGCUAAGUGCUGAACUUGGCCAUGGGUGGUUGCAGCUCAGUUUAUAGAACAGUCCAAAGAGACUUGUGCAAAACAUGAUGACAGGCAGGGACCUUCUCCUGUGGGUUUCAGUACCUACAUACCUAUUGAACAAAGCAGUAGGUGGACACUUCCUAAAGUUGAAGCAGUGGCUUCAUAGAGUCUUGGUUACUUUAUUUUUUUUAAUGCUUUACAUUUGAUACAACUAUUGAAGAUCAAUUUAAAAAUAACUUUCCAGUAAUAUAUUUUAAGUAAUAUAUAUUUUAAUAUCUAUGUAAAGAGUGACAGUGGAGGACUGAAUUUCUCAUGUAUAAUUUCUAUGUCUUGGUAGGGUCUCAUUGUUGGGGCACAAAUUAUUUCAAAGGAGUUGCUCUAAAAACACUCAGAUUACUUCCCAAAAAAAAAAAAAGAAAGAAAAAAAGAAAAAUGCAAUAAUGGGAAUGAUUUGGGGCUUUUAAUUUUUAUUUUAAAAGAAAAUUGACUUAUUUGCCACAAGCUAUUUUUCCCUCUCUGGUGAUAAGGUUUGUACAGACUGGUUUGGUAAAUGCUAAAUUUUUGUGUCUUUUGCCUUUUUAAAGGAAUUGUUAACAUUGGAAUUGAGGGUAUGUACAGAGAAGUUGGUGUCAAUGCCAUUUAAUAAGUCAUAUUUUUUCACAAAUAAGGAAAAAUCAUUUUAAUAAGAAUUUUAAGUAUUUGCAAUAAAUAUAUGUAUAUAGAUUGUAUGUAUUCAUAUAUUAUUUUUCAUUUUAUUAUUAAGUAAAAGAUAAUUAAAAGUGAAAUUAAAAAUCUUGUAGUUUUUGAUGAAUCUUGAGGUCUGACAUCUGAAUGUAACACGGGGAAGGGCCUUCAAAUAGUUGCCAUGUAUAGUCACCACAGACUGAAAGAGUAAAUCAAGGGACUUGGCCGUAAGUCAGGACAAUGGAUUACAGAGCUUCAGUAGAAAUAUGAAAAUGUCCUAGCUCAUCUACCUUUGGUGUUUUCAUCUUCCACCAUACUGGAAAAGUGAGGAAAGCAGAGUAGGCCCUUGUAUUGUGUCUCUGGCUCUUAGCAUCCAGGAAGGUAAGGAGACAGGGUAAACGGGCUUUUACAGUUUUACUGCUUUGUUUCAUGUUGGUACCGUCACAUACCAGGCCCUUGGGAUACUGAAGAACUAGCCUCUUAAACGUGGAGAAGACUUGUUUUCUCUCUCCCAGUCAUUAUCCAAGGUGAGUUUCAUAGCCAAAUUCAUGUUGUGCUUGACUGACCUGGGCAGGUCAAAACCUAGAUCUGUGUUAAGAACACCUAUGCCUUGUGGUUGUUUCCAAAUAAUUAGGAAGAUGGCUUGUGUCAAGAGCAUUUAGGGAAAUGAGCAGUGGCCAAACUAUCUGAAGUCAAAUGUCUUUGUUCCCACACCUGGAUUACUGUUGAGUCAAAGAGAACCCACUUCUGGUUGUCAAAUAAAUGGUUUGGGGAUGUAAUGUGUAGAACAGAAUAUCUACAUAGAUGGUCUGAGAAAUAAAGGUAGAUCUCCUGGUCUGUAAAAUUUGUAAUGCAGUUCAGUGAUAAUAAACGUCCACCUGUUCUUCCUCUUGAGUGCUGGGUUAAAGGCAUGUGCCACCAAGCUAGGCUACCUAGCUUUUUAAAAAGUAACUUGAAGUUUCCAACAUCUGAGUUAGGUAAAAACCUUGAAGUUAGUGUAGCCAUCCAAGAGAUAGUAUUACAGAUCUCAGCUGAAAGUACAAUUUCUAAAACAGAUUUUUGGGACCAUGGAAAAACUCAGUCACUAAAAGCACUUGCUGUCCAAGCCUGAAGACCUGCCUGCAGGACCCUAACGCCCAUAGAAGGUGGGUGGUAUUUGCCUGUAAUACUACCUCUGGGGAGAUAGAGAAAAGCUGAUCUUGGAGGUUUCCUAAUCAGUUAAACUCCAGGUCCAGUAAGAAGCCUAUCUCAAAAAACAAGGUGGAGCAUCGACUGAGAGCAUUCCCACAUGGACCUUUGUCCUUACGUGUGCCCACGCAGGCAGGUGCACUUGAGUUACAUAGUGUGCACAUACAACGGAGAUGUGUUAACUCUCAGGGAACAUCUGCAUUGCAAUUCCUAAUCAUAGGAAGGUGAAAUUAUGACCAUUAAAAUAACUCCCAUUUACUUAAUAGUUCAUACUUAACCAUUUAGCACAGCCACUUUGUAAGGAAAAUCCAAAUUCUUGCUAUGCCAGAAUCCUAUGUUCAUUGCUUUUUACACAACUUUAUUUCAACUGAUUUUUCAGUCAGAUUGAACAUCUCGAGACUUUUAUAUAUAAAUCCUGUUACUUAAGUAUUUAUUGGUAUUUAUUAAGUAUUUACUUACUUAACUAUGUGCUCAGCCCUGACAAGAUGCUGGUUAUACAAAGAUAAAAAAUUUCACUUAAACAGUUCUUCCUAAAAUUGGAACCAUGCAGCACUGACUUUAGUUUUUAGGGUUCAAUUAAUCAAUGUUGUGUUUCCCAAAGUAAGUAUGAGUUGUUAAAUAAAAGCAAAAGCUUUGAGCACUGGACAAAGCAAUAUAUAUUUAAAAAAAAAAAAAAAAGUGCCUCUAGGGCUGGAGAGAAGGCUCAGCGGUUAAGAGCACUGACUGCUCUUCCAGAGGUCCUGAGUUCAAUUCCCAGCAACCACAUGGUGGCUCACAACCAUCUGUAAUGGGAUGUGAUGCCCUCUUCUGUGUGUCUGGAAACAGCUACAGGGUGCCCAUAUACAUAAAGUAAAUAAUUAUUUUAAAAAAUAGUUUGCCCCUAGAUGAUAGCUGCUAAUGUAGACUUGAAGUGCCAUGUUAAUAAAAUAUACUUUAGGGAGUUUGAUGGAAUAGAGGGAGGCAGGCUAAAUAAGCAAUGGGGGUAAAGGCAGCUUUCAGUUUUGUUUUGUUUGUUUUUUUUUUGUUUUUUUUUGUUUUUGGUUCUUUUUUUCGGAGCUGGGGACCGAACCCAGGGCCUUGCGCUUCCUAGGUAAGCGCUCUACCACCAGCUUUCAGUUUUAAACAGUGAUGCCCUGGGGUCACAGUUAAAAUGCACUUCAUUCCUUUUCCUUAGGCCCAAGUCCUUACUUACUUCUGAGUAGUAAGAAGUCGUGGUCAGUACUUGGCUCUUGAAUUCUCCUUGCCUCUUGUCUUUAAACAGAUGUUUGGGUUCACAGCUUUCUAUAUGCCAAAAGAUGUGCAUCUGCACUUCAAAGAACUGCUCGGUGUAUUUAAAACCAAGGGAUAGUUUUUUCAGCUCUUCCUGGGACACCUUGUGCCCUUGUGACCGUACACAGAAGAUAGACCACAGAUUACUAUAGACUUUAGACCACGGACUGAGAAAUGAGUGAGAAAACCUGAGAAAGCCAGAUGACUGGUUGUGGAGGCCACCUGUGACUAAAUAGUGGGGUCUUGUGAGCCUCGAUCGAAUUUUUCUUGCUCUUGACAUUCAAAGAAAAUGAGGGGCUGAGAUAAAAUGUUUGGUUUUCAUCUUAACUGCAAAACUUAAAGGAACUAAUGGGGAGAAAAACAAUAAAUCUGAGAUGUAGUUUUUAAAUGGACUUAAACUUUGAGUUGAGUGCCUUACUCUUCUUUUUAAAAGUACUUUUAAAAAAUUGCAGGUUAAUUUAACAUGAGUCACUGAGUGUAACGUGCAGCUUGGUUUGAAACAUGGGCUAAAAGAAUAGUUUUCUGUAAAUUGUGGCAGCUUUUGCUACAGAUCAGGCUUGGGGCUGUGUACCUGAAUCUGAACUCAGCUGGCCUCGUGAACACUGUAUUAUGCCAACCUGAGCCAAAACUCAACUUCAUUAAAUUUAAUCAAAAUUUGUCUUUAUUAAGUGAGCCUCAUUAGGAACUGAAUUCAUUCUCGCAAAAGCAUUGAAGAUAGGCUAAAAUCUAUUUUCCACGUCGCCACUGUCCUUCAUACAGAGCGUGCGGAAUAUAAAGUUACUUUUAAAACCAAACUCUUAGAAAUGAAACUGGAGGAUCAUCUUCAAGUUAACAGCUCUUUUCUGCUUCAGUGGUGACCUGCUGAACCCUGUAUGUCAUUUUAAUAUCCAAGUCCAGAUCUCCCAGAGUCUCAUUUGGCCGCCAGUGGUCAAUGGAAAGAAGAACGUGGUCAAAUGACUGAAAUUUCCAGCAAUUGGCAAGGGAAGGCUGGAAGAUGAGUUCCAAGAUCCUCUUAACCUAUAGCAAAUUCAAGGCCAUGCCCCGCUACCUGAGACCCUGCUUCAAUCUAGAGGGAAUGCUAAUUUAAUCAGACUUGCUCUCGGGAAAAUCCAUGAAAGGCCUAGUAUAUGACAAAUGAAUCUGGAACUUAAAAGCCUCUGUAGCCAUAGUGCUUUGAUAUGUUUGCACAGCUCCUACUGGAGCGAGUUCCGCAGCACACUUCCCACCAGCACCACGAGAAUCAGAAUGGAAGAGAAGAGUUUAGCAUUAGUCUCAUGGACUGGAGUCUGCACAUAGACUCUAGAACAGUCUGCCUUUCAACCACACUCUCUCUGUUCCUCUCACUUUCUACUCUUCCCUUUAUUGGUACUAUAGAAGCUGUUUUCUUACAAGUUGAAUGUAUGAUAAUGGUUCUGUCUGAGUGACUCAUGUUGAAUAAAGGCAUACAAUUUUA